GUAUUCUCCAGAGAUCUGGAUUUCUAAAUGAAGAGUUUUCUAGCUUAAUUCAUCUCCACCGUGUCUGUAUGUACAUGAGCAGCACAACGUGUCCAACAGUGACUUGGACAGCAUACUUGCGAUACCCUUUCAUCUUCAUGAGCUCGUUGAAGGCCUUCCAAGGCUUGUCUGAAGUUGUCCUUCUUCCAGCAAAUGCUGAGACUGCAUCAUCCUGUAAGUGUGCCAAAAAAUGUGGGGUCACAGGUGCUUGGAUCUAGCUCCUUGGCAACAUUAUGAACCCCAGUGUGUUUGAAGCUGGCGCCUGUUCCAAUAGAGAACCACAUGUUGUCUGGCUUGAUCCUCCUAAAUGUGGCCUUAGCCAGAACAACGUCAGUGUUUACAGUAUGAGUUGUUCUCGCAGCUUCCUGCAACCUUUCCGAACAGCAUCUGACACGAGCGGGAGAACGACUGACCCACCUGACCAAGCACACCUUCAGACACAAUGUCAUGUUUAUCAGAACGGCAAUGCAAUCCAGGCAAAGUAUGCAUGUUUUUUAUGGUGAGGCAAACACUCAAACUGGAAAAAUGAAAGUUCAAAUACAAAUUGCCUCCAUGGGUGAAAAGUUACAUUUUGGACUCUGGGACCACACACAUAUUCUAAAGUUACUGAAUAACUGGUGAAGAAAUAUCUAAGGUUGCAAAUUAGAGAAAUUGCUAAUUUCUAGUAAACACCUCAUGAAUUCAGUGAUUUAAAGAGGCAUUAACAAAGAAUAGUUGUUAAACACCAACCAGCACGACCUAGCUAAACGAAAAUGGUGCUCGUUGACAGGUGGAACUACAGAAGGACUGUCAGUGUUGAGGGAGGACGGCUUAGAGAGACGUACCCAUGUGUACCCGAGGUUUAUGCAUGGGUGUAUUAGGAAAGCGACAUAUUCGGCCAUGUCAGUUAGGCAGUUAUGAUAAUGUCUACAUAUCUGAUCUCAAUGCGUCAGUCGUCCAGUGCGUGGAGGAGUGUCAUCCCUCAGAAGCGACCGCCAUCCCCUCCGUGGGGGUCGUGGGCGGUUCACCGUCACACGGGUCCGGAGGGGGUUUUACAGCGAGCAGGAGCACUCGAGAACCAGGUAACAAAAAGGUGCAGAAAAGUAAGAUCUUCCUGUCAGUCAGUUCUGUCCUGCUUUGACCAGCAGUACAGUCAGGAGCUUGGAGACCUGUGGGCAUCUGCAAGAGCAGUGCUCCUGGACCCUAACUCUUGGCAGUACGGGGUCAUGCUCAACCGCUUCAGCGCUGUGACAGGCGUCGCACAGGUCCUCCAAUCACAGGGCUUUUCCACAUUGCUGCUAGGAACAGGUGUCUCCAAGUUGCUUGGUAACGGCCCCUCAACAGUGUCCCUUUCAAAAUACCAAGCAGGAAAAGACUCUCUGUUGCCUCGUGACUCCGACUACAUCUCCAAGUGCCCGCCUGAUGACUCCCGUCUCCAACCGGACAGCACCUCUCAUGCGCUCGGUCAAGACCUUCAACCAGAGCCGUCGCUCAGCUCGUGCCGUCCUACACUACAGUGUUACAUCCAUCCACGUCCACUGCGGUUCCCCUCUCAGGCUCACCGGCCUGGCCAGCUGAAGCAGUACUACCUCCUGAAUGCUGCCUCCCUGCUUCCAGUGCUGGCUUUGAAAGUCAGAGAUGGGGAGAAGGUUUUGGAUCUUUGUUCUGCCCCCGGGGGCAAAGCCGUAGCCAUAAUGCAAUGUGCCACCCCAGCACUUCUCUGCUGUAAUGAACCAGACCCUCACAGACGGGACUGGCUGGCCAAAACCCUGGAGUCCUUCUUGUCUCCGUCGCUCACCAGCAGAGUGGUUGUGUCCGCACAGGAUGGACGCUCUUUUGGGAAAAGUGAAGCAGGAACGUAUGACAAGGUUUUAGUCGACGCUCCAUGUUCGAACGACCGGAGCUGGUUGUAUUGUGGCAGCCAGCAGGGGGAACAGAGACUGAAGGAAAGAGCCAAGCUGCCGGCGCUCCAGGCUCAACUGCUUAGGUCUGCGCUGUCAGCCGUGCGUCCAGGAGGCGUCGUGGUCUACUCCACCUGCACUCUGUCCAGCUUUGAGAACUGUGCGGUGGUUGAAGCGGUGCUGAAUGAGUGUCCUGAGGCCGAACCCGAAGACCUGUGGGAGGAGAUAGCCGUCCCUUUAUCAACAUACUUUACAUUUCGGACUGCUCACCCUGCCCGUGGCCAGCCGCCCGUGCAGCCACAGAAUGGCUCUUAUCACCACAGACUCGGCCUUUUAGUUGUUCCUCAGCCGGGCAAGACCUGGGGACCCAUGUUUUUGUCUCGGAUUAGAAGGAGGAGAUAGUGUGCAUCCUCAAAGAUAUGUGGAAUGAAAUGGCUCACGCACACAUUUCCUUUUGUGUGAGCUUGUAUUACCUGCGGGUUUGAAGUACCUCCUGGAACUGGCUUGUAACUCAGUCACACACACUGACAAACAUCCUAAUUUGAUAUAGAGAUCUUGUGUUCACAGCUUUUUCGAGUACCCCCAAAUGGCCCAAACAAUCAGUAAUUGCAGAUUGAAUAGUUUUCUUAUAGCUUUUGCAGUACAACCUCUUUUUAUUUAUUAUUAUUAUGAUUGAUUGUAACUUCUGACACUGCAGACGUACAAUUAGAUGAUAUCGACCAACCAUGUUUUUUUAAGUGCUUCCCAUUAAUAACGGUGUCCACGUUGUGUAAUAACAUUGAUCAUACGGUAAGCCGAAUGUGAAAUUGUUAUAUAUAAAAAAAUAAUUCACAGUGCAUUCUAUUAGGAGUGAGGGCUUAUGGUGUGAAUAUAAUGUUCUAGUCAGAGAAGGAGCGAGAACAUUAAAAGCACAUAAACUCACA